UCUCACCAGGGCUUGUUGAUGCCAUCUGUCCAUCUCCUAGAAGCGCCGAUGGGCUGCCAUACCCUGGGCGCUUGGUGGCUGUGAGCCUUGGCAUCGUUCCAGUGAGGCAGUGUGCAUGUAUGGAGAGCCACUGCACGAACACGAGGCUGACAAAGGAGAGGUCGAAAAAUCACAGUCUGACGAAUUCCAGACCGACGAGUCGCAGUCCAACGAAUCGCAGUCCGACGAAUCGCAGUCCGACGAAUCACAGACCGACGGAUCACAUGCCGACGAAGCACACGCCGACGAAGCACACUUCGAGCGCGAGAGGGCGAGCGGGAACAAGCUCUGGAGCGUCUACAUCUCGGAGGCGCAAAACUACGAUCAGGGUCUCAUCGAUGGCUGGCGCAGUGAGAUGGAUGGUCUGCUGAUCUUUG